CCCCCGAAUCCCGAUGCCUCCUCUCACGUUGGCCUCCCCCUUCUCCCUCCCGCCAAAACUGAAACCCAUCAAAACCCUAAUCGAAUCCACCCUCGAUCUCAAAACCCCAUCUCUCUCCUCGUCCCCGAUCCAUUCUCUCCGCGCCGGCGACUGGGUCAAGCUCAUCUGCGGCGCUAGCUUCGAGGAUGCGGCGGAUAUCAGGAAUCUCUCCCUCGUUUACACCCUCGCCGGAGUGGAUUGCAUUGACUGUGCGGCCGAAGAUUCCGUAGUGAAUGCUGUGAUCGAUGGGAUUAAUGCUGCAUUGUCGAUUGCUUCAGUUCGGAGGCCGUGGGUGAUGAUCAGUGUCAAUGAUGAUAGGGAGGAUGUACAUUUCCGUAAAGCUGAAUUUAAUGCUGAGGAUUGCCCGCUUGAUUGCUCAAGGCCAUGCGAAAAAGUUUGUCCCGCAAAUGCUAUAUCAUUGGAGAAUACUUCCGUAGGACAUGAAUCUACAAGAAGUGAUAAAAGCACCCUCCAGGGUGGAGUGAUCACAGAACGCUGUUAUGGAUGUGGGCGCUGCUUUCCGGUUUGUCCGUAUGAUAAAAUCAGAGCUAUGACUUACAUCAGGGAUCCUGCCGCUACAUCUGAACUCUUGAGAAGGAAUGACGUUGAUGCUAUUGAGAUACACACCAGUGGAAGGCGCACUGAUUUGUUCAACGAUCUCUGGAAUAGCUUGAGCAAUUCAAUUGGGCAUGUGAAGCUAGUAGCAGUAAGUUUGCCUGAUGUGGGAGAAUCAACAGUUGGACUGAUGAAUUUGCUGUACUCAAUAAUGGAGGCUGAUCUCCAAUCUUACAAUUUGUGGCAGUUGGAUGGUCGUCCCAUGAGUGGUGAUAUUGGUCGAGGUGCAACAAGAGAGGCAAUUGCUUUUGCUGCUCGGUUAGCCUCUAGGCAAGAGAAGCCUCAUGGUUUUUAUCAGCUUGCUGGUGGCACGAAUUCUCAAACUGUAGAUAGUCUAAAGUCAAUGGGGCUGUUCAAGGCGAUGACAAUUCCUGGCCACUUACGGGGCCAAGCUGCUGUUGCUACAUCAGCCAGUUCUCAACAAGCCUUGAUUGGUGGGAUAGCUUAUGGUGGCUAUGCACGCAAGAUUGUGGGGCGCGUGUUGAGUAGAAUGGUGACGAAGCAUGGUCUUUUGCAAAUUGAGGAUCACCCAGAGUUUCUACUGAAGGCUCUUCGAGAAGCUCUGAAACUAGUUGGGCCAGUUAAAUCCUACAAUCUCGCUUCAUAAUCAGCUUAAUGAGGUGUUUCUUGGUUUUAAGAUAACAGCUCAGAAACUUCAACUUCUAUGUUCAUAACUUAUAAAGCACAGAUAUCACUUUGGAGUGGGGAUCAAUGAUCAGAUUCUCUAGUUCUUGUUCCACUGAUUCCACCAGUUCCGUAGGCAUGUGUUGCACUGUAGGAGCAUCUUAAUAAAAGAGAAUAGCAUUUCAAGUGAUUAGCCUCUGCACUCACAUCUCUCGUGUUGAUCAGCUUCAGAGAGGAGUAUACUUUGGAAGGAGCGAGAAAGUCCUGAUGCCUUGCUGUGAUCAACAGUUGCUUUAAUGCAUGAGCAACUCUCAACCACCUCAAUGCUCCCCUACAGUACAUGCCUGAAUUCAGCCUGCUGCAUGUGCUGAGAGUGGAGAUUAAUCCUACGAUAUGCGAUGUGCGGGUGCUUGAUAGUAUUCGAACCUCAAUAUGUAACUAUUCGAUGCGACGGAACUAAAUCAAAUGUGUAGACAUCUAAACUAUCAUUUUGAAUUAUAAGCUCGAUUUUGUAAGACUUGUACCCUACAGUGAGAAUCUAUUGAGUUUGGCACUUUGAAUCAGUCAAAGCAUGCAAGCUGUAAAAAGUUAUUGCAUAAUAAAUGAUGCGCCGUAAUUUUUAGUAAUA